GUCCCUGGAUACCCGUUUGCUCAUGGCUUGCUACUACAUUGUCAUCAGCUCCACACACCUCAGCAACGGUCAUUUCCGGAACAUUAAGGGGGUUUUCCGUGGCCCCCUGGGAAAGGAUGGAAACAGGAACUUGGAUUAUGCAGAGACACAGAACACUGCGGUCAAAGCAGCCAACUUCUACUGUGAGCUGUGUGACAAGCAGUACCACAAACUUCAGCAGUAUGACAACCAUAUCAACUCAUAUGAUCAUGCCCACAAACAGAGGUUAAAGGAGCUGAAACAGCGGGAAUUUGCGAGGAAUGUCGCAUCCAAAUCCUGGAAGGAGGAGAAGAAGCAGGAGAGAGCUCUUCGCCGUUUACACCACCUGGCAGAACAGCGGCGGGAGAUCCGGUGCGCUCCAGGGAGUGGACCCAUGUUCAAGUCCACCACAGUAGCAGUGGAAUGCAGCUUUCGGGAGACUGGCUGUGGAGGGAACACAGAGAGGACUUGUACCGCUUCACCACCGGACAUGGCUUCCCAGGACGAUAACCCCAGCACCUGUCUGCCUACCAAAAACAGACAGCCCACAUCGUCCCAUAUCAGCAGGGUCAAAAACCAGGUGUACAGGGAAAAAAUAGCCUUCUCCUUUUCCAUGCCUAAGAGAGCGUCCUUUAAGCUGGAGCCCUCAGCAGCCGUGUUCACUCUGAGCUCUGAGAGACCAGCAGGACAGGCCUCCCGAGGGAGAUGCAGAGAAGCCCCUGCCAAAGCCAGUUUACCCAGUCUAACCGCCUCUAUUCUCACUGAAAAGGGACUGAACUACAGGAAGAAUAUUUACAGCUUUGAGAAGCCAACUCAUGAGAGUGCUAGUGAACAGGAUCACGGGUCAUCUGAGAGACUGGAUGUGCAGGGUCAGGGGUCACCUGAAGCCCCUGGCAGGUCAUUGGCAGUUACAGACCUGCACACUUUGCUUGUUUACUCUGAGAAUGUUGCUGUCCCCUGUGUGCCCAAAUCUCCCAGCUUUCCUCUCCAUCUGGAGAGCACAAGCCUGGUUCUGGAUAUAGGAGAGUCCCUGGAGUGUUUGACUAGAGGAACCCUGGAAAUAGCAGAACAGGUGGGAAGCAUCCGCCCCAAAGGGCACAGAAGUCCCAGGGACGGGAAUAGAGAAUUAGCGGAUGGCAAUGACAUCCCCACAGGAGUGGAAUUAGCGGAUGGCAAUGACAUCCCCACAGGAGUGGAAUUAUCGGAUGGCAGUGACAUCCCCACAGGAGUGGAAUUAGCGGAUGGCACUCAUUUUCCCACAGGAGUUUACUCUUCUGUGGGAAAAGGGGAGACCACCGUGGUAGAUUCUCGUUGUGCAUUCAGGAGGCCCAGCCAUGCUUUCUGCUCUGUCCUGAGUAAAGAUGGUGGUGCUGUUCUCCAGUGGCCCGUGGAGAUGCUGAUGUACACCAGGACCCAGCCCACGCUGUCGUACAGCUGCAACCCACUCCAUUUUGACUUCAGAGCUGGCCAGGAAGAGACUUUACGGCCUAUGAAGAGCAGAGACCACGUCCCGCACAGCCAGGGAGACAGCACUGUACUGAGGGCUCCCAUAUGGAACAUUCCAGACCAGGAUCCAGGUGAGCAGGUAGAGAGGCAGGAUGGCCACGUGUGUAACCGCUGCAUAAGCAUGUCAAAACGGCUUCUCAGGGUGAACAGGAAGAGGAAAUGUGGGGAGGAUUGGAAAGAGAGCACUCCCAGCAAGAGAAGUGUGGAGAAACUGGGGGGCAGAGAAAGGAGAGACCACACAAGGCAGAAAAAGAGGAAGAGGAAGAAGGAGAGGAAUACAGCCAGGAGAGAUGAGGGCAAUGCUGAGGAACCCGAGAUACUGCUGAAACAUAGGAAGUGCUGGGAACCAGUGCACCUGCAUUUCAGAAGCAACACUUCACCCCAAGAUCAGGAUACGAGAAGCAGAACUCCUGAAGAUCAGGAUAAGAGCAGCAGAACUCCUGAAGAUCAGGAUAAGAGCAGCAGAACUCCUGAAGAUCAGGAUACGAGCUGCAGAACUCCUGAAGAUCAGGAUAAGAGCAGCAGAACUCCUGGAGAUCAGGAUAAGAGCAGCAGAACUCCUGAAAAUCAGGAUAAGAGCAGAAAAACUCCUGAAGAUCAGCGUAAGAGCAGCAGUGAUUCAGAGAGUUUGAAGCGGGACGCAGAAGGCUGCAGAAGGGCUGAAGCCGCGGCAGCUGGAGCAGUGGGCGAAUUGGCAGGGGGCUGUGAGGGGAAUUUUCGCUCAUCGCAGAAGCAGCUGCUGAUCACAGAAUGCAGCUCUAAUGACUGUGUUUUAGUCACUGGCACUGAGAUAACCUACACCACCCACACAGGGCAUUGCAGCCAGAAGUCUCACCAAUGCCAGUCUGCAAAGAGACGGCGAGGAUCUCUGAGCGAGGAGGAAGAGUGUGUCCUUCAUCAUGAAAGAUGCUUAAACUGUAGUCCAGAUAGAUCAAAUCAGUUAGGCAACAGAGCUUGCUCUGAGCUGAAGACCAGGAGAAAAAGACUGAGACUCUGUCCGGACUCUCAGAAGGUGCCAAGCCCUGUGAAAACCUCUGGAGACCUACAGGAAAGUAGAGGUUCUGAGUCCCUGGAAGGGGAUGGUAGUACCCAAGUUUGUGAAAACAAAAGACUUGAACGUCCUGAGAAAGUGUUAAGCAGUGAGAUAAAAGAUGGUGUGGCAGAUAGAGUGGGUGAUGGAGUGAGGGAUGGAGUGAUUACUGUCCUGCCCUUACUGGAGUGUACUGAGCAUUCAGCUGAACUCCAUGUUUCAGAAGCCAGGUGUGGGCUCGAACGCUUGGUACGUCAGAACUUGAGCCGUGAGAAAUCCCUUCCGCUUGUCUUACAGCAUCUGAGCAGCCAAUCAGAGAGUGCGUUCCAGGAGGUGAGGCGGAGUCCAGCGAGCUCAGAGAUGGCUGGGAAACCUGCCCCGCACCCUGCGAUGGAGCAUCACCCCUGCAGGGCUGGGAAACCUGCCCUGCACCCUGUGAUGGAACAUCACCCCUGCAGGCUCCUGCUGCACCCCCAGGCCUUCCCCGGGAUCGUCCCCCCAGGGUCACCCCCCAUGCUGCACCCCAUCCGCCCCCCCACACCCAUAUCGCCCCAAUCAAUCACCAUCCUCCACAGAGUCCUGCAGACCCCCCCUCUGCUCCUCCCCCAGGAUUUUCCCCUCACUCAUAUGCCCCUGGGGUUAGAUAUCUGGCCCUCUCCCUUUCUGCCCCUGGCCAGCCUGCAUGCUGUCUGUGUCCCCUUCCACCCACUGCCCCUCCCCCUCCCACUAAUGAUUCCAGCUCUCCAACCUGUUAUUCCACUGCAGCCUCUGCUAUAAAGACACAGAACUACGAACAAGCUCAUUACCCAUCAUGCAGCCUGUUAUUCCACUGUAGCCUCUGCUAUAAAGACACAGAACUACAAACAAGCUCAUUACCCACCAUGCACCUUCUCAUUCUUUUUGCAGGCCACAUCAUUUGAAAUGUAUAUUAUUUAUUUAAAUUUUGUUUUGAAAGCACACAACACACAGCCCUGUAGAGGUCAGGUCAUACAGGUGAGUGGAUGGCUGCAGAUCUGAGUGUAUUUAUUAAGGGUUCAGUGCUGAAGGAUUUCACAGCUAAGACAAUAAAAGCUUUUAUUCACACACAGUACUAGUCCCAGUAAACACAAUAUGACAGACUCAGAUUUCAUGGCCUACAGCAACUUAACGAAGAAUAUCCCUGCUGGAAAAAACAGCUCAAGCUAAGUUUUGAAACAGCUGGUAGCAGGUUGACCAGUUCAGACCAGCUCCCAGCUCAACAUACUUUAACUGGUUGACCAGUUCAGACUAACUCCCAGCUCAACAUAGUUUAACUGGUUGACCAGUUCAGACUAUCUCCCAGCUUGACAUGGUUUGACCUGCUCAAGCUAUACAUUGGUAGCUGGUUGACCGGCUCAUACCCAGCUAGACCAGCUUUACGACCAGCCUGGCCGUGCUGGUUGACCAGCUCAUAACCAGCUAGACCAACUUAUGACCAGCUGGACCAGCUAAAUUUUCAAGCUGUUUUUUUACACCAAGGAUGGCCUACAAAUUGCCAAGAUCAAUGGAAUUUUUGCAAGAGGGUGUAGACAUCCAUAUCAUUAAAGCUUUUGAGUGCUGUGUGGAAUGUUCUUACAAUGUGUCUUUGUCAGAGUUUGCCUGCUAAGAUUGUAAAAACAAAAGCACUUUUACACAAACAUAUUACUUUUAGCAUUUGUGGCAACAACCAUUAGGAUGCAGGUCAAAUCAUACAUUACAUUUUAUCUACUACACUAAGACUUGUUGGAUGAUAUGUUAAUUUUAAUGUGCAAUUGACACUUUAUGUGCUAUUUACAGUAACAGAUACAAUGUUGUUUUAUAGCACAUUUUUAUGUUAAAACUAAUAAUGCAAAAUUAGGACACAGAAUGUGUUUUUUAAUUGAAUCCUGCUCAAAAAUGACAAGUGCGUUUUAUUGUUGAAAUUGAUGAGAAUGAGAUGCAUGUUAUACAUAUGAAGAAAUAAAUGUUUCAAGAAGUAUACUGAAUGAGGAAAAAACCUUAUGCAGAAAAUCACAAGAUACAUAUACUGAAUAUGAGGAAAUAAAUUGAUUGCAACAUU